AAGAUUUUGCUCAAAUGCAUGAAGUCACAAUUUCACACACAGUUUUAAGAUCUCAGAAUCAAAGCAGAAGAAUUGGCACUCGCGAAGACUACAUAUCCCACAAUCCUCUGCGUCAUAGUAGCGAAUAUACCAUUAUACAUUACAAUUUUGCAAAGUGGUUGUUAUCUCUUGGUUUUUAUUAAAGCGACUAAAGUAUUCCUAGUUUAGUGAAUACAGCUGCAUACGAAAAGACAUGUAGUUAUACUUCACAUAAUUUAAAAUAAUUUUGAAGUUCCCCCUCCUGCCGCGCUAGCUUAGACGUUUCUAACACUAACAAAUCAGAUGGUUGUUUUCAACUGAGUAAAAGUAACUGUCAAGAGGUUACUACUUGUACCUGCGCGCGUUUCGUUGGGAUAUGUUCAAUAAGAAAGCGAAACGAAAUUUUAGACAGAGGAAAGAGGAAUCCAGCGAUGAAGACGAUGGCAAAAAAGACAGGGAAGUGGAAAACGGUGAAAAUGAAACGCCAGUUUCUGUGCUAAGGCCGCUCGGGCUGUCGAAAAGCCGGGGAAUUUCCUGCAGCUCCAGGCGGAAAAAGGUGACGUCUAAUUUCGGCUCCAGCGACGACGAAGAGCCCGCAGAUCAGAAGAAGGAGACGGUGAAGGUAGUUUCCAAGCAGACCAACGUCCUCAGUUUCACAGAUGAAAAAGAAGAUGGAAAUGACUUUAAAGUGAAAAGGUCCGCCGAUAAAGCUGUGGUCUUCAGAGCUCGGAAGAAAGAGGAUUCUCCAGAGAAAGAAGUACCAUCACUAGUGCCAAAGGAUGAUGCCGUUUUGAUGACCGGUUCCUUGGAAGAAGAGUCUGGAGGUGUGGAAGCAGCCGAAGGAGUGAAUUCUGAGAGCGAUGGUGAUACGAGUUCACAAACGUCCAGUUCGUCCAGGACUUCAGCGACGUUGCGGGGCGUCAUCCCCGAUGCUCGGCAGAUCCGCGCCGCCAGAAAGCAGCGGAGACAGGCGAGAGCCCGCCAAGACUUUAUCCCUCUCGAUGGGGACCAACAUGGCAUGGAGGAGGAGGCAGAAGAGGACCACAGCGAGGACAGUGACGAUGGAACGGACGAUCACCAGCGCACAAUCCAGUUUGCACCCAAGCUCAAAACUAUAAAGGAAAGAAUAGCUGAAACAAUUGGGGGCAGCGAGGAUGAGGAUGACAGCGCUGACAGUGAGGAGGAGAAUGAUCGGAAUGUAUGGGAGGAGCAGCAGAUUGGAAAGGGCAUCAAGAGACACAAACUCUCAAGCUGUGACUACUCACAGGGGUCUGUCAAACAUAAGAAAAAAGUUGAUAUUCCUGAAACCCUGCCAGCUGUCACCAUUGAUGUUAUAAAGAGGAGAAUAACUGGGAAGCUGGAGUCACUAAGGGAGGUGCACCGGGCACGAGAGGCUGACCUCCGGAGAAUGCAGUUUGACAUGGAGUGUGCCCAGGCCUCUUUAGAGCAGCUGCAGAGCAGCUCUUCUGAUGAGCAGCACAGGUUCUACAAAGCCAUGAGGUCUUAUGUCCAAAACCUGGUGGAGUGCUUAACAGAAAAGAUAGUAGUAAUUAACUCAGUAGAGAUGGACAUGCACACUCUGCUGAUCGACCAGGCAGAGGUGCUGUUGAACCGCAGGCGUGAAGCAGUGCACAAGGAAUCCUCUCAUCUCCAGCAGCUAGCCUAUUCCGCAGAUCCUUCCAGUAACGGCACUGAAGAGAAACAAAAAGAAAGCCAGCCUUGUAACCUAGAAGCUGCCUGCAAAGGUGUCCCAGCAGACAGUGAACCACUGCCGGAUGAAAAGGCAGAACUAGAAUGCAAGACAGCAGACAUAUUGAAGAGGGCACAGGAUAUCUUUUCAGAUGUUCAAGAUGAAUUUUCAAGUGUUAAGAAAAUUCUUGCUAAGUUCAACGAAUGGAGAGUGUUGUACCCAGAGUCAUAUUACAAUGCAUACAUCUGCUUUUGUAUCCCUAAACUGCUGAGUCCUAUAAUUAGGCAUCAGUUGAUUGGUUGGAACCCGUUAAAGGCUGAUGGUGAAGAUUUUGAGGCCUUACCAUGGUAUUAUGCUGUGGAAGACUUCUGUCAUGGGCAAGGUUAUGAGGAAUUGGAGAACACAGACCGAGAAACUUUGCCUUUGAUUGUCCAGAAGACCAUUCUACCCAAAGUACAAGGUUUUGUGGAACUUGUCUGGGACCCCCUAUCUUCAGAACAGUCACUCUGCCUCACAAAACUCUGCAGGAGACUGAAUAAUGAUUACAUGGUGUUUGGUGGAGAACAGAGCAAACAAGGAAAGGCUUUUAUGGAUGCUGUCACUGUAAGACUCAGAAAUGCUGUGGAUGAAGAUGUGUUCAUACCUCUUUAUCCUAAAAAAUUUUUGGAGGAUACAAGCUCCCAGCAAUUCCAAUUUCAAGACAGGCAGUUCUGGUCAGCUGUGAAGCUUCUUGGUAACAUAACACUGUGGGAUGGUUUGGUUCCGGAUAACGUUCUAAUGGAAUUGGCACUGGAUAAACUGCUCAAUCGCUACGUAAUGAUGAUUCUUUUAAAUACACCACCUGGAAAAGAAUCUGUGGAGAAAUUCAAAAAGGUUGCAGCAUGUUUCCCAAAAUCGUGGUUUCAAGAUGUUGAUACCCGCUCGUCAAUUCCUCAGCUCCGAAACUUCAGCAGUCAUCUAGUUCAAACAACACACUCACUCUGUAAAAACAAUCCCGAUGCCACAUGUAUAAGGGAAACCGUGAAAGAUGUGUUUGUUCUUCUGGGAAGGAUCAAGGCGUUGAACAGUGUGGCAACCAUUGCUGAAAAGUACCAUUAUGAAGAUAUAAGCAAUUCUCUCAAUUUAUUGUAGAUCACCAAAAAUUGCUUUGCUGACACCGGUGUCUAACAGAUAUUUUUUAUAAAUUUGUGGUUUUUUUGUGCAUUUACAUGUAAUAUCAACAUACUGGGUAGGAUAUUUUUUUAAAAAAUAAAAUCUUGUUAUUAAAUCCUACCUUUUUCUUACUGUCAUAACAGAGGUGAUGGUACCAUGUUUCAUAGAAUUUUAAUGAAAGUUGCUAUUUUAAUUAUUUAUUUAGACUACUUGAUAGAAAUGUUACAAGAGAACCUGAUCAGCCAAAAAAUGCAAAACUUGCAAUUUUUUUUCCCCA